AGCUACUCAACGUAUUGUUUCGCAGAUGUGGGGAGCACACUCCCGUCUGUGGCGAAAAGGGCGGCGGUGGUUUGAAGCCGAGAAAGAGAGAGAAAGAUGAGGAGGAAUACGUCGCUGUGAGGACGUGUUAUUUUUUUUUAUUUUUUUUUUGUGUGUGUGUGUGUCUUUGUGUUCACGACCAGCGGAGCUCAUAUCGCCAGGUGCGUCUCAUCAGCCACCUACUAGCCUACUUCCCACCUUUACCACCACUGUCGAGGUAGCCAUGGCGACCAGCGCUGUGCCAAGUGACAACCUGCCAACGUACAAGCUGGUGGUGGUGGGGGAUGGUGGUGUUGGGAAGAGUGCCCUCACCAUCCAGUUUUUCCAGAAGAUCUUUGUGCCAGACUAUGACCCCACGAUAGAGGACUCGUAUCUUAAACACACAGAAAUAGAUGGACAGUGGGCAAUACUGGAUGUGCUGGACACAGCCGGCCAGGAGGAGUUCAGUGCAAUGAGAGAGCAGUAUAUGAGGACAGGAGAUGGCUUCCUCAUUGUCUUCUCUGUGACAGACAAAGCCAGCUUUGAACACGUUGACCGAUUCCAUCAACUCAUACUACGGGUCAAAGACAGGGAGGCCUUCCCCAUGGUGUUGGUGGCAAACAAAGUGGAUUUGGUCCAUCUGAGGAAGGUCACUGCUGACCAGGGCCAAGAGAUGGCUGCAAAACAUAAUAUAACUUAUAUUGAGACCAGUGCCAAGGAUCCUCCAAUGAAUGUGGACAAAGCCUUUCAUGAGCUGGUUCGUGUUAUCAGACAACAGAUCCCAGAGCGAAACCAGAAGAAGAAAAAGAAGAUGAAAUGGAGAGCAGAACGUUCCGCAGGUUCCCACAGGUUUCACUGUGCCAUAUUGUGACCUCCCUCGUCCUGUUUAUUAUUCGUAACGUACACACACCCACACGCACACCCACAUACCUUUGGAUGUCCCCAAAGGAACUCCCAGCAGUGGUUAACUACUGGAGCACAAAAGGGAGGGGAGGGGAAGGGGGGCGGCGAUGGACGUCUAGAUGGAUCCAGAGGGGCGGAAGGAGAAGUGAAAUGUUGGACUGAUGUCCCCUGCAACCUUCACAAAGCCUUGGAACGAGUGCUAUGCCAUCUCUCCUCAAUUUAUGCUCCCUUUCAAAAGGUCUUCAGAUUCCUCCCAUGUGUAUUCAACACAGAACUACAGUGUCAGCGAACUGUUUCUCAAUCAAAUGUAAUUUUCUGAAUUUAAUAUCAAAUGGGGCACACUGACUGACUCAGUGGGGAAAAGCAAAGAGAUCAGAAUCACCGUGAUGUUGGAACUUUUAUCUUCUUGAGAAAGGGAUGGAAACGGGAGGAACCGGGUCAAAAUGGCCCCUCGUGUUCGCCAGCUCCCAACAACCUGCUGGUCAUCACCUAUCUAUCCUCACACUCCUACUGGAAGAAAAGCACCUGUGUGAUCUUUAGAUUAACGUCUAUGUUCUCUCUUGGUAGAGCGGACAUCAUAAGGGCAGGACGGAUGAAUACGAGAGCGGUGACAGUGAUUUUGUUAGUACAAAUAGAUGUUGUGUGGUGUUGUCGACGAGUGAACUGUGAGUUCUGGGGGUUCAGCGUGUACCUGGUGGUAAUGCGAGACUGGUUUUGAAAUGGUCAGUUCAGAGAGGACGGAAGGACGUGUUGUAGCGAGCGAAAGAAAUGUGACGUGAAGCUGAGAAAAUGAGUCAUAUUGGUUGACAGGUGAACGUUACGGUCAUAUCAGCUUGUUGAAUAAGUGUUUAAAUAUUGUAAUUGUAAAGGAAAUUUAAGGUUGGUCGGUGUAUGUAGUUACACUUUGAUGUAAAUGUAACAGGGUUAAUACCAACACUGAAGUGUCUGCAGCCAUUUUUACAGACACUCUUAUAAAUGGAUUAUUUUCCCAUCAUAAAAAUAGAAAGUAUAUCAGAGCAAAAAAUACUAAUAACGGUUAAUUUAGGUUGCCUCUUCAGUCAUUAUCAAUGACAUGAUGAGUGCAGUCUUCAUCAGUACUGUAUGAACAAUAGCCCUGAUAUUAUUUUUGUCUUUGUAGUCUUAACAAUUCAAGUUACUUUCCAUGUUUUUUGUAUUUCAAAAACUAUAGAAAAUUACAAUUAUAUUUGUGAUAUAAAAAAUAAAUCUAAUUAUAGGUGGCAAUGUAAACAAACUCAAUGCUGUUUUACGAAAGAGCUGUCGGAAAGAUUCUUAACGAAAUAGAAUAGAUAAGGGAUAGUGAGAGCUUCGCGUUUCAGAUCCGAAACAGGCUGGAGAAGCUGAUUUGCACUGGCCACUAACCAAAAUAAUGUGAUGUCACUUUAUUUCAAUCAUGGGGCUUUUCAGACUGCACCAUUGAAUUCAGGACAAUGUUGUAAGAAGAAUCCUGCUCAGUAAAGGACGACACUCCUUUUUUUUUAGUUUCGGGGAUAUAUACUGUAGCCUUGGGAAUACGAGUUAGAAAGCCUGUCUGAACCAGGCAGUGUGACGCUCCUAGGGCUUUAAGCCAUGUUAAACUAACUACAAGUUUUAGUUUGUAGGAAAAAAAAAAAAACACACACACACACUCGAAGCAACAAGACAUUCAGUGUAUUAAUGUUUGUAGCUGUGAGGUGGAUAGGAAUGUACAAUUUAAUAACCUAUGAAAUGGCUUGUACUGUUAACGCACUAAAGUUUCAGUGGACAACUUUUUUUGUCUGGAUGAAUACCGUCUCUUGAAGGAAUACAUUUUUGCACUUUUAAUACAAUUUCUGACUUUCCUAUUGGCAUGUUGUUUUCUGUUCAAAAGUGAAAUGAAAGGCACGUUCAAAAACAAUUUGAAUGUAAAAUCGAAUAACAAAGUAAGCAAAUAGGCGAUUAGUGUUGUAGCCCUGUGUGCCUGUGUAUGCCUGUUGCCUUGGCGAUGAUUGUAGAGACAGAGAUUAAACAAGCUGGAAUUUAAUCAUUCGAACGGUUUUGAAGGAAGAAAAAAAAGUUCUGUAUUACUCAGUUUUGAAUUAAGAAAGUUGAGUGUGAGAAAACUCAUUUAUUGAAUGGCAUACAAAUUCACCUCAGCAUGAAAGUGGAAAAUCAACCUCAGCAAACGAAGGAAUACAUCUACAUCUACUGUUCGCGGGAUUUCACGGAGAGAUUCCAGAGAAGGACAGAAAACGUUGAAGUACUGAGCAAUGAAGCAACAGACUCUGGAUUGUGGGGGAGGAAGAAACAAAAAACAAAAAAACAACAACAAAAAAACUAAAAAAAAAAACAAAAAACAAAACCCUGAAUGUGUUGAAAUGAAAAUGUUGCAUCAUGUAUGUUUGAUACCAUUUUGUAUUAUUGAUAUGAAUUAUUGAUAUGAUUCUUGCAAAGUGUUUUUUAAACAACUGAAUAAUUUAUUACUGUCUGUUACCUCAGCGUGUCCCAGACCUGGACAAAAAGCUAAACUCCCCCCCCCCUCUCCCUUCGUCCUGUUUUUCUUUGGGACUCUCUGUGGGUCGUUGACCUUUUUGCCUAAAAAAAAAAAAAAAAAAAAGCAUAAAGACUUCUGCUUUACUGGCGCUCAUGUGGAUGACCUCACAAGUGAAAAUAUAAUGACACAAGGGCCAAAACAAGGAAGGUUUGUUGUCCAACUUGUAAUUAUAAAUAUGUUUGUUUGUUUGUUCAAUGUGAAAUUUCUUAAAGGAAUAGUUUGACAUUUGGGAAAUACACUUAUUCACAGUCUACAUGAGAAGACUGAUGCCCCUUUCAUUAAAUAUUAAGCCACAGCCAGCAGUCGGUUGUCUUAGCUUGGCUCUGUCUGAAGGUAACACAAUCAGCCAACCAGCACCUCUAAAGCUCACUAAUGGACUUAAGUUGUGGGUUUAUGUGCUGGAUUAUUUCUUUCCUUUGGACAGGGCCAAGCUUGCUGUUCCCAGUCUUUAUGCUAAGCUAAGAUAACCGGCAUGCUGGCUAGUUUCAUAUUUAGCGUACACAUAACAGAGCGGUAUCGAUCUUCUCAUCUAGAGUUGUUCCGAUACCAGUACCAGUACUGGAUAUUCCUCUGAUACUGAAUAAAGUUAUUUAUCGGGUAUCUGCAAGUAUGUGUGUAUGUGUGUGUGCACAUAAUUUAUUACCCAUUAGCAUUUUUUCCAGGAAAGCAAAGUCAUGGUCCGCCCUACUCUGACUCUUAUAAAGGGUUUUACCUGAGCCAGGCCAUACAGCAACAAUAGCAAUCAUACAGGCUUAGUAGUAUACGCUUGUUAAAAAAUAAUAAAAAUGUGUAUGUAUAUGUAUAUAUAUUAACGUCCUUGUAUCAGAUCAGUACUCGGUAACGGACGAUACGCAAGCUUCAGGUGUCAGGAAGGAAAAAAGGGUAUCGGAACAUCUCUAUUCUCAAAUAACUCAAGAAAGUGAAUAAGCACAUUUCCAAAAAUGUUGCAUACUUCCUUUAAGCAGACUGAGCUCAUGUACCAGCCAGGUGUCUUCUAGUUGGUUAUUUAACUUUUUGGUUUGAGGUCCAAAAUAAUGUUUGAAAUCAGAAAGUUACCUUUCUCGAAUUAAUCGUUAUGGCUGGUACAAAAAAAAAAAAAAAAAAACCCUGCUGAUUUAUUGCGCCAUCUUCACAUUUCAGGCAGACCAAAUACAAAUGCUGAAAGUGAAUAUAAUGUUCCAGUUAUCUGACCCUGGAUUAUGUGAGCUAAAUUGAGUACUUUUCAUUAAUUGGAGAGGUAGCAUUCUUUUUCAAUUAGACACCAAGUAUUGUUGACGUUAUGCAAUUGAUUUGAGUUGUGUGUGUCCUGAAACUCUGUCAGUAUGUAAAGAUCCAAACAAAAUUUGGAGUUGUCACAGCAGUUGUGUAAUGUGUGUUUUUGGACAGGUCUGUUGUGUUCUAACUGGCUGUGUCAGACUGAGGAGCUAGACGAGGCACAAACAAACUGUGGCCUUUUUAUCUAGCCUCAGGGGUUGAUUAUAUUUCAAUAAAGAAAUACAAGUAUUGUGA